CAAGAAUUAUUUUCAGGGUAAUUCACAUCUGGGACAGAACCAACGUGUAUUUGCAUAUUUAGUCUUUUAUGUUAUCUAACCAAAUGAAUUGCAGCAGUGUUUCAGCCUUGUGUGGCUUGGGUCACAUGCUGCUCUUCGUGUAGUGCUUGGGAGAAAACACUAAGGAGGACGUUAUUUACACUUUGAUAAGUUACAACAACGACAAUAAUCCUGUGGCUGAAUUUUUGCAGCUGGAAUCAACCAAUAAAAUCAUUAGAGAUCCCAAUUGAUUGACUGAUUAGUCUGUGGCACACAUCACAAGUAUGUGAUGAUCUCUGGGUUCAUUCUCAUCAGACUGAUGAUAAUAAUCUGAAUCCAGCAUCUCCUGAAGCCACCCCCCCUUUGCUCAGGACCCCUGGCGGUCCCCGGACCCCGGCUUGGGAACCACCGGGUUUGAGCCAUCCCACUCUGCAGGCUCCACGCUACCAUUGUCCGCCAAGUGAGCGGGCUAUUUGCAAAAUAAAGGUAGCCUCCUGUGCUGGUGCGAUGCGGGCAGCGGAGGGCAGUGAGCGGCUCUAGUGCAGCUCCGGCUUCUCGGCGCUCGGAUGCUGGAAGGUCUCGCAGAAACCGGAGCUCGAAGCGAAAGGAGAAGGGACGCGGAAGGAAGGGAGGAAGGGAGGAAGGAAGGAGGGAGGACUGGGGAGCUUUUAUAUACCAAAUCGGGACACAUGUUGAGCUAACGGACCGCUCCACCUCCCCCUUCUCCUCCCCAACGCGUUUGUUGCCUCCGUCGCCUUCCCGUUACUAAUUACUCCGCGCCAGGCUCGAACCAGCGGAUCCUCCUCCUCCUCCCGCUCCGACGGAGCCGGCUCGCCGCGUUGACGAUCAUGGAUCUCAGUAAAAUAGCCGUCAGCAUCAAUAAGGCCAUCAACACACAGGAGGUCGCUGUCAAAGAGAAGCAUGCCAGGACCUGCAUCCUGGGGACCCAUCACGAGAAGGGCGCCCACACCUUCUGGGCGGCCGUCAACAGGCUCCCCCUCUCCAGCAACGCCGUGCUCUGCUGGAAGUUCUGCCACGUCUUCCACAAGCUGCUGCGCGACGGACACCCAAACGUCAUAAAGGACUCCAUGAGGAACAAGGCGGACUUGACUGACAUGAGCAGGAUGUGGGGUCACCUGAGUGAAGGCUACGGGAAGCUGUGCAGCAUCUACCUCAAACUGCUCAUCACCAAAAUGGAGUUUCACAUCAAAAACCCCCGUUUCCCUGGCAACCUGCAGAUGUCAAACAGACAGCUAGACGAGGCGGGAGAGAACGACGUUAACAACUUCUUCCAGUUAACCGUGGAGAUGUUUGACUACCUGGAGUGUGAGCUCAACCUCUUCCUGGGUGUGUUCAGCUCCCUGGACAUGUCGCGGUCGGUGUCGGUGACGGCGGCGGGUCAGUGUCGCCUGGCGCCCCUCAUCCAGGUCAUCCUGGACUGCAGUCACCUCUACGACUACACCGUCAAGCUGCUGUUUAAGCUGCACUCCUGCCUCCCAGCAGACACUCUCCAGGGCCACAGGGACCGCUUCCAGGAGCAGUUUAAGAAGUUAAAGAGUCUGUUUUAUCGCUCCAGUAACUUGCAGUAUUUCAAGAGGCUGAUUCAGAUUCCACAGUUGCCUGAGAACCCUCCCAACUUCCUGCGUGCGUCAGCUCUGUCGGAGCACAUCAGCCCCGUGGUCGUGAUCCCCGCCGAGUCCUCCUCGCCCGAGUCGGAGCACGUGGUGGAGACGGACGACCUGGUGGACACCGACGUCCCCGUGUUGCCGGUGCCCGUGGAGACCAAGUUCGACGAUCUGUUCGGCACCACCGCCGCCGUGGACCCCUUCAACUUCAACAGCCAGAACGGCAUGCGCAAGGACGACAAAGACCGUCUGAUUGAACAGCUGACGAGGGAAAUCCAGGCCCUCAAGGACGAGCUGGAGUCUUUCAGACUAGAGAGCGGGCGGCUGUGUCAGGCCCUGAGGGGGCGUGUCAGCGAGCUGGAGGCGGAGCUCGCCGAGCAGAGCCACCUGCGGCUGCAGGCCGUGGGGGAGAGCGAGUUCCUGAAGGCCGAGCUGGACGACCUGCGGCGGGUCAGAGAGGACACGGAGAAGGAGCAGCGGAGCCUGACGGAGAUAGAGAGAAAAGCUCAGGCCAAUGAGCAGCGAUACACCAAACUGAAGGAGAAGUACACAGAGCUGGUUCAGAGUCAUGCAGACCUGCUGAGGAAGAACGCAGAGGUGACCCGGCAGAUGACGGUGGCUCAGGCGGCUCAGGACGAAGUGGAGGAGGUGAGGAGGGAGAUGCAGGAGAAGGCCAGGUGUGCCCAGGAGGCCGCGGAGCGACAGGAGAGGGAGCAGCUGGAGCAGCUCCAGGAGCUGCAGCGGGAGCUGACGUCGAGCCGCGCCGAGCUGGACUCCCUGAAGACCCACGUGGCCUCGUCGCAGCAGUCAAGCGAGCUGCUGAGCACACAAGUGGCGACCCUUGUGUCGGAGAAGGCCGAGCUGGAGGAGUCCUUGACCAAGGUGGAGGCGGAGCUGGCCGUCAGGGUGGAGGAGCUGGAGCAAGUCCAGUCAUCGCUGACCGCCGAGAGGGAGAGCGGGGUGAAGGUGGCAGAGGCCCUGCAGAAUCAGCUCAAUGAGAAGGAGAGCAGGGAACAGACACUGGAGAGUCAGCUGAUUGCAGCCCGCUGGUCCAGCCUGCAGGGAGCCGUGGAGGAGGCCGAGAAGAUUGUCCAGGACUCUCUGGCUCAGAUAGACGACCCGGCACACAUCAGCUGCACCAGCUCUGCAGACUUUCUAGCGUCCCGAUGUCAGGCCUCAUUGGACUGCAUGGACAGACUACAGAGUGCCAGACAGGCCUUCGUAGCAAACAGCACAGUGGUCUCUGAGCUGGUACGAGCCGUGACCCAGUGUGGCCACCUGGUGGGCGACACCAUUGUUCAAGGUAGUGCCACCUCCCACAUGGUCCCUGUGGAGCAAGCUGAUGCCCUGUCGGUCUGUGUGAAGACGUGCGGAGCUGAAGCUCUGGCUCUGCUGGGGCAGAUGAAGCAGCAGGACAGCCUGGCUGCAGCGGACGCCGGCAGGCUGAAGGCAGCGCUGGAGGCCAUAUUGGCCACUGCAGAGAAACUACGUCCUCGAGGUUUGGAGCUGCAGCAGGGGGAGCUGGGAGACCUUGUGGAGCAGGAAAUGGCUGCCACUUCCGCUGCUGUGGAGUCCGCAGCUGCCAGAAUAGAGGAAAUGCUCAACAAGUCUCGAGCCGUUGAUACCGGAGUCAAGAUGGAGGUCAAUGAGAGGAUCUUGGCCUCCUGCACGGAGCUGAUGCAAGCGAUCAAGGAGCUCGUGCUGUCGUCCAAAGACCUGCAAAGGGACAUUGUGGAGAGUGGCAGGGGGGCAGCAUCCAUGAAGGAAUUUUAUGCCAAGAAUUCCCGUUGGACUGAGGGUCUGAUCUCUGCCUCCAAAGCAGUGGGAUGGGGCGCAACAGUCAUGGUGGACGCCGCUGACCUGGUGGUGCAGGGCAAAGGGAAGUUUGAGGAGUUGAUGGUGUGUUCACAUGAAAUAGCCGCCAGCACAGCACAGCUGGUGGCUGCUUCCAAGGUGAAAGCAGACAAAGGCAGCUCCAACCUGCAGCGUCUGCAGCAGGCUUCCCGCGGCGUCACACAGGCCACUGCGGCAGUCGUGGCCUCCACCAAGUCUGGGAAGUCCCAGAUUGAGGAGACAGACACAAUGGACUUCUCCAGCAUGACCCUGACCCAGAUCAAACGACAAGAGAUGGAUGCACAGGUCCUGGUUCUGGAGCUGGAGACUCGCCUGCAGAAGGAGCGGGAGCGGCUCGGCGAGCUGAGGAAGAAGCACUAUGAACUGGCUGGGGUGGCGGAGGGUUGGGGCGAAGAAGAGGAGGGCACGGGUUGAGCGUCCGCUGCCCUCUGUCGUCCUCCUGCCUCCUGUUCAUACGCCCUCUCGUCCCUCCCCCCGUUGUCCUCUUCUCUGCUUCUGUCCGUUCGUCAUCUAAGCCAAAUAAAAGGUGCUUCUUUUUCUAAACCUGCUUCUUCUCCACCCGCGGCCGGAAGCUCCGAGCACCAAGGGCUCAUCGGCGACGUGUCGGUGGACGGCAGCAGUGGUCCGACUGCUCUGCAGCAGUAUUUAUUGUCGCCUUCGGUGUCCAUCUCCGGACUUGAGGAGUAAAAUGGUAGGAGAGACGAUGAUCCCCAGCCCCAAACUCCUGUCUCUGAGUCACAUUGUUCCACGCUGAGCGCUUGUGAGGCCGUGGGAGCCUCGUCCAUCGACCCGGUUUGAUGCUCUCCUCCUCCCUAGUUUCUUCCCAUUCUGUUCUCACAGUGAGUUCCAACCUUAUUAAGUCCACGCCGCUCCGCCCGCUGCCUCACCGGACGUUCUGCCUUUCGCUCUCCUCGCCGUUGUAUCGACCGUGACUGUUAACUCCGGCCGCCCCCCAUUUCAUGUCCGAUUUUUAAGACACUUCCACGGAAACUCCACGAGGUGCGGACGAGUCGAUGCAGGGAAAGAACAGCACAGUUUUUUGCCUCCCUGUGAGCUGUACGACUGCCAUCGGAGGUCAGAGGUGACGCCGCAUCGGGGACAAAGGUGUCCAGACACUAACAACAGCUCAUGUGCGUAAUCUCCCCUCUUUGACGGUUAAGAAGCACCCCCAAGAUCUGGGAUCUGCUACUGGGAUGAAAAAAUGUUUACGAGAAACAAAUACGUGGUUGUUAAAUGAAGGUAAAGAUUGAUUGAUGCAUAUGUUGCCACAAACCUGCCACAGCAGCAGCAUUAGAGGUGGAGCUGGGAUCCAGCGGUUCUCCUGGUGCACAUUAUUGUCCGGUGUUGCAGUAAACCAGACAGAGAAUGGAAAUGCUUCUAAACUUGGAUGAGCCUGAGAUUCGAAGGUUCCACCGCACAAACGUUUGUAUUACGACACUGCCUCUUCCAACUACCCACAGGACUCCUUUAAGCGCCUGCGUGGCCAGGACCACAGCGCCCUACACAGAUUGCAGUGUUUUCAAAUGCUUCGACAAGACCAAGUAACUGUGUAUAUAAGCGACAAGCCUUCUGUUGUCGGAAACAUUCUUGUGCUUUGUUUUAAUCUAAAAGCCCAUGGCGUCGUUUUUUGCAUCCCGUCAAUUAUGGAUUUGGCUUAAUUGACGCGGGGAUGCAAAAUGGGGCGCGUGAACACAAAACUAAUAUUAGUCCUUAUUUUUCUGUAAGAGGUUGUUAUUUAACAUUUCCUACUAAGACUGAUGAACUGACUGAAGCAGUGGACUGUGGGAAGGCCGACCAUGCCUUGGCGCAGGCCAUGAGAUGAACAGGCCUCCUGUAUUUCUCUCCUUUUGACGCUGAGGGUCAAGCUGCUUUUGGAGUCGAUCUUUCUCUUUGUCUUAACACAUUUCAUUUGAAUGCUUUUAGACGUGUAUCUCUAAAAAGCCGCGUCACAGGGGAAUCUAAACCCACGCUGGUGACGAGAAGUACAUAUUUGAUACACUGCGGCAGUUGUUUGCAGUACUGUUCACUCUUGACCUUUGUGCUCAGUAGUAAUAAUUUAGCCUUUUUUCUGUCACUUCUUUCACAAUGAGGCAAAACCGUAGCUGUUGCCAUUAAAAUAAUUGGAGCGUAGAACCACCUAGAUGCCAUGAAAUAAUACACACUUCGAUUUUGUGGUACUUCAAGGGUCUGGAAAUUGAACUUGAUCGCACCUUGACUGAUAUUUGGUUGUGUUUCUUGCCCAGAUAUUGUUCCUGGACUCCUCCUGUCCCCUGUCUGUCUCUGUCUCCUCUCUCUUGGCAUGUGUCUGUCGUCCAACCAGCUCAGCCAGCCUUUCAAACUGCCUCACACUGUAGUCCGAGAGAAUCGAAUACUCACAUAGCAACAUUGAAAUAUGUCUUUGUAUGAUAUACUAAAACUAUGUUGGUGGGUUUGUUUUUAUUUUUUCAGUUUUUGAAAUAAAUAUUUCAAGUCGUUAUUACAGACUAAAA